AUGGCUAGUGGGUCGAUAGGGCGUAUGAGUGAUUUUAAUCCCGGGGAAGAGGAUAUAAAAUCUUACCUUUUACGACUCAAGCAUUUCUUUAAAGCCAACGAAGUGAAAGACGAGAAGAAGGUUUCAAUUCUCAUUACAGUGAUCGGACCUAAAAUUUUAGCAGUGUUAUCGGACUUGCUUUCUCCCAAAACAGUUGAUGAAAAAACGUUUGACGAACUAACUAAAGUGUUAGAAGACCAUUUUUCGCCUAAAAGACUUGUCGUGGCAGAGCGUUACACGUUUUACAGCCGUUGCCAGAAACCAACCGAGUCCAUAUCUGAUUUUGCUGUGGCAAUUAAACACCUUGCGAUAUUUAAGGGUAGUCCAGGUGAAAUAAAAGAUGUGAAAGCUCGCAUUGUGUUGAAGGACGGGGCCAUACCUAAAUUUUGUAAAUAUAGGCCAGUGCCGUAUGCGCUGCGGAAGGCAGUGGAAGAUGAACUUGACCGCAUGGUUGCGGAUGGAAUAGCAUACCAUGUAACCAGUGCUGACUGGGCUACGCCUUUGGUGGUAAUUCAAAAGAGCCAAGGAGUGCGUCUUUGUGGUGACUUCAAAGUGACUCUUAAUCAAGCUAUUCAAACUGAACAUUACCCGCUACCACAACCCGAGGACAUUUUCGCUUCUUUGGCGGGUUGUAAAUGGUUUUCUGUCUUAGAUCUUGAAGCUGCGUACCUUCAGUUGUCAGUCGCUGAGGAAUCUCAAGAACUCCUAACCUUGGCUACGCACAAAGGACUUGUGCGACUUCGUCGUCUACCCUACGAUUUGUCGUCUGCUCCUGCUUUAUUCCAGGCUGCUAUGGAUAAGAUCAUUGGAGGAUUGGUGGGGACUGUCGCCUACUUGGACGAUGUGUUGAUUGGAGGGUCAACUAAAGAAGAGGCCUUAUCAAGGUUGGAAAGUGUACUACAAAGAUUACACGAGUAUGGAGUUAAGGUAAAUGAGAAUAAAUGUAGAUUUUUACAAUCUAGUGUACAAUAUCUGGGAUAUUGUUUGACUGCCGAAGGUAUUAGUCCUCAGGAAGGAAUUUUAGAAGCUAUUCGGGAUGCCCCGGAACCUACAAAUAAAGAAGAGUUAAGGGCCUAUGUGGGAUUGACAGACCAUGCCCCCUUGGUAACUAUCUUCGGAAGCAAGCGUGGAGUUCCAGGCGUUGCCGCCGCACGACUUCAGAGAUGGGCCCUCAUACUCUCAGCCUAUAAUUUUGAAGUGAAGUUUCGACGCGGUGCUGACUUGCCGCAUGCAGAUGCACUAUCCAGACUGCCCCUGCCGGACGACCGAACUCUGGAGUUGGAGACCAACCACGUGUCACACGUAGACACCUGUGUGCAAGUAUUCAACUGCUCUGAAUUGGUGAGUGAUGCGCCCAUUACCUCUAAGGAUAUUUCUAGGCUAACUGACAAGGAUCCUGUGUUGUCUAAGGUUCGAGAUUUCAUCUGGCAUGGCUGGCCAGACGUUAAGGAUGUUGAGUUACUAGACUUUUAUAGAAGGAGGGAAGAAUUAUCGGUGGAUAAUAAUUGUGUAAUUUGGGGUGCUAGGGUGGUUGUGCCCGAAAAACUUCGUAAUGCGGUGAUCCGGCUGCUACACGACCAGCACCCGGGAAUCAACCGUAUGAAAAUGCUGGCUAGGAGCUAUGUUUGGUGGCCUGGUUUAGACAAAUGUAUAGAGGAUACAGUUUCAGCUUGUCAUGUGUGUCAAUGCACCAGAAAUGCAGUGGCAAAAGUUCCGUUGCAACCGUGGCCGCUAAGUACAUGUAGGUGGCAAAGAAUCUAUAUAGAUUAUGCCGAAGAGCCGCAAACUAGGCAACAGUUGUUAAUAGUUGUGGACAGCUUCUCUAAGUGGCUCGAGGUCUUUAUCAUGAAGUCGACCACUUCUGCUAAAACCAUUGAAAGGUUGCGAUCGUUGUUUGCAUCGUUUGGGUUACCCCAGGAAUUAGUGAGUGACAACGCUCCUAAUUUUACAAGCACCGAGUUUAAAGAAUUCUUGAGAAAUAAUGGCGUGAAAUUCACAUUGUCUCCGCCAUACCACCCAGCCUCGAACGGAGCUGCGGAAAGAUGUGUGCAAGAAGUGAAAAAGAAUCUCAAGCGACAAGUCCUGGCGGAAGGUUCUACAGCUGUGUCACUGCAGCAUAAACUAGACAAUUUCUUAUUUGUAUAUAGGAAUACACCCAGUACUGUAACCGGAUUGUCUCCGGCCGAGCUCUUCCUUCAGUGGAAGCCAAGAACCAAAUUGGCUUUGUUGAAACCCCACUUAAUGUCACAGAUUGAGAAGAGGAAGGAAAUGCAGAAGAAUUCCGCUGACAGACAUUGCGGUAGUUUUAGGUCUUUUGUGGAAGGGGAAAAUGUACUGGUCAAAACGGUGCGACAAGAACAAGUGUCAUGGGUCCCUGGUAGAAUCUUGGAGAAACGUAGUGCUGUCACAUAUGUAGUCAAAGUGUUGGUAAAAACAAGGUUUUGCCACGCGGAUCACCUCAGGCAUAGCCAGUUAGAGGAGGAAGAAGAAGGAAUCAUGAUUAAUAGGCCUAUGCAAUAA